AUGGACGCCAGACUACGAAUAGACGACGCAUACAAAAGAAAGUUGAAGCGGAUCAAAGUGAGGAGUGUCGAAAAUUCUAUUCAAUUUGCCACGUCAUGCAAGGCCGCUAAAUGGAAGUUAUACUCCUUCAAAUAUCUCGUCAUUAUCAUCGUACUUGGCGUUUUUUUCACAAUCAUUUCUUCUCCGACUAUUUUUUAUCACAACGGUACAUCCCAAUCGGUUUCUCGAAUACUUGAGAAGAUAUCAUGGUUAAUUGAAUUGAAUUCUUUGAACAGGUGGAUAUGGGGUGGCUCGGAUCAUCGGUACACAUCAUAUUUAGACAUCAAUUGGAAAGAAAUCUCGAGAGCUUUUAACCAAUUACCACAAAAUAAUUACAAAAAAAUCGAAGGAGUUGGCCUUUUGAAUUUCAACGAAAACGAAAUCCGUAAUUGGAAAAACGUAAUCCCCAACGCAAAUCACACUCUUCUUCAUCUCGACUAUGCGGACGAAACCGUGACGUGGGAAUCAUUGUACCCGGAGUGGAUCGAUGAAGAGCAAGAAAAUGAAGUACCAAAAUGCCCCUCAUUGCCCAGCAUUGAAAUCCCGAGACAAAGACUCGAUCUCAUUGCCGUGAAGCUCCCGUGUCGUAGUGAAGGGAAUUGGUCGAGAGAUAUCACUCGUCUGCAUUUACAGUUGGCGGCUGCUGAGGUGGCUGCCUCUUGCAAGGGGAGCUAUCCUCCGCAUGUGCUCUUUGUGACGAGGUGCUUUCCUAUACCGAAUUUGUUUACGUGCAAGGAUCUUGUUGCGCGCGACGGUCAAAUUUGGUUGUACAAACCGGAUUUGAGUUCGUUGAGAGAGAAGCUUCGGCUCCCAAUUGGAUCAUGCGAACUUGCUCUUCAACUUGGAGGUAGAGGUAAUUUCGAUCCUAUUCUUCGGCAGCGCGAGGCGUACGCCACAAUCCUGCACUCUGCUUCCGUCUACGUGUGCGGUGCCAUAGCGGCAGCGCAGAGCUUAAGAAUGUCGGGCUCAACACGCGACCUCGUCAUCCUCGUCGACGAAACCAUCAGCCACCACCACCGGGCCGGGCUGCAGCUGGCCGGUUGGCAGGUCCGCACAGUUGAGAGAAUCCGAAACCCCAAAGCCGAGAAAGACAGCUACAACGAGUGGAACUACAGCAAGUUCCGGCUAUGGCAGCUGACGGACUACGACAAGGUCAUCUUCAUCGACGCCGAUCUCCUAAUCCUCCGCAACAUCGACUUUUUGUUCCGGUCGCCGGAGAUCUCCGCCACGGGCAACAACGGUCCCCUCUUCAACUCCGGGGUGAUGGUGGUGGAGCCGUCGAACUGCACCUUCCGCCUCCUGAUGGAGCACGUGGACGGCAUCGAAUCGUACAACGGCGGCGACCAGGGCUACCUGAACGAGAUCUUCACGUGGUGGCACCGCAUCCCGAGGCGCGUGAACUUCCUCAAGAAUUUCUGGGCCGGCGACGGUCCGGAGGCGAGGGAGAUGAAGGUGAGGCUGUUCGAGGCGGAGCCGCCGGUGCUGCACGUGCUGCAUUACUUGGGGAACAAGCCGUGGGUGUGUUUCAGGGACUACGACUGUAACUGGAACGUGGCGAAGCUGCAGGAGUUUGCGAGCGACGUGGCGCACGCGCGGUGGUGGAAGGUGCACGACAGGAUGCCGGAGGAGUUGCAGGGUUACUGCAUGCUGAGGACGAUACAGAAGGCGCAGCUAGAGUGGGACCGAAGGGAGGCGGAGAAGGCGAACUAUUCGGACGGGCAUUGGAGGAUUAGGGUUAGGGAUGAGCGUUUGGAUAAGUGUAUUGAUAGGGAUUGUAGCUGGAAAGGUAUGUUGAGGCAUUGGGAUCAAGAAAUGGACCUUUUCAAUGUUACUACUACAAACCCUUGAUCAUCUUUAUGUUUUA